UCCACCUUAUUAUCAUCCAAAACUAUGAAGGUUUUCACUUUCAUCGCCUGGCUCCUCGUAGCCAUAGCUCUAGCCCGUCCAACCGUAGAGGGAACAAUGAGCAGCAACAACGGUACUUUAACGUCACUCAAUGCUGUUUCCCUCAUCAGCAUCGACGAAUCUCUCAAGAAGGAACGGAAAUGCCCGAUAGACCCUUGCGAUGGGGCCUGCAAUUUUUGGGCUGUGCUUUUCACCUGGGGCGCCAGCUGUGUCAUUUGUGGAAUUCAUCACCGUGAUUGCUAUAAUUAA